CUCAACCAUCCGCUACCAAAGCGCACCAGCGGGUGAAACUCCGUAGAGAGAAUUACAUCGACAGCAGGUGUCAGAGUGACAGACAGCAGAAAAAAUGGGAAGAAAGAAAAUACAAAUAUCUCGUAUUCUUGACCAGAGGAAUAGACAGGUGACUUUCACCAAGCGUAAGUUCGGUCUGAUGAAGAAGGCGUACGAGCUGAGCGUGCUGUGCGACUGCGAGAUCGCUCUCAUCAUCUUCAACAGCACCAACCGCCUGUUCCAGUAUGCCAGCACAGACAUGGACAAAGUGCUGCUCAAGUACACCGAGUACAGCGAGCCACACGAGAGUCGCACCAACACGGACAUACUGGAGACUCUGCGCAGGAAAGGCCUCGGUCUGGACAGCUCGGAGCUCGACAGCUCGGAGUGCAUGCAGGUGGCUGCAGAAAAGUAUCCUCCCAGCGAGGGCAUGGAUCUCUCGUUGGCUCGCCAACGCUUCUACGCUCCAUCCCUCCUCUCACCGGAGGCCCAGUUCCUGGUGUCUGCAGGCUGUGAGAACGGCUUCCCCAACUCCUCCGGACCCGGCAUGGCGUCCCACAGACCUCAGGCCUUUAAAUCUCUGAGCUCCAGACCCGGCUCUGUCAGCCCUGCUGCUCCACACGCACACAAUGCAUUCAUGUCUCCACACUUGGGUAUCGGCUACUCCGUGUUCUCCCACGGCAACCUGAAUCGAGCUCUGGAGAUGAAGAGCCCCCCUCCUCUGAACCUGGGCAGUGAGAACCUGCGGGGGGAUGCUGCUAAUCAGUGCAUGGGGGCCUCACGUGCGAACCACAACUCCGCUAGAGGUGUCUUGUACCAGGGCCUGCACAGCAGCAGCUCCAUGGUAGCCAUGGGCAAGGCCGGCCUGCUGGGUCAGGGCCUGGGAGGCUACGGCCUCCCCUCUCCUGGAGCCUCUGAGUACAGCCAACCUGGUUUUUAUCACUCUGUUAGUCUACAACGAGGAGCAGUGAACCCCUGGCAGCAAGCACAGCUGCCUCAGGACUCCCAUGGGCCUCAUAUAAGCCCAGGGAUGUCCAGUGGAGGGUGCUCCUUCCCCUCCCAAUCCUGCUCCUCAACCUCUCCACAUAUGCCCUCCCUCAACCUCAGCAUCAAAUUGGAGCGUAGCUCUCCGGAGCACAUGUCCUCACCCGCCUCCCCUCCUCCACACCACCUCAGGCAGCACUCUCCAAUGAGCAACCCCGAUUCGGCUCGCCAAACCCCUCCAGAAGCCCGUCCGGCCAAUGAGACGAAGGACUUUCCCAAAGCCGGCUACCAGCAGGGCGAAGAGGAAGGAGGGCAGCCCAUCAGGCAGUUGGAGAUAAGUGAUGGGUGGCAGAGAUAGCUGGGUGCUGCAGUCUAACACCAUCUCCCAUUCAAUCAGCUAUCCUCCAUCAAAACCAGUCCUCUCUUACACACACACACACACACACACACACACACAGAUAUAUAACACAGACGAUGGGGUCGAUUUGUCCCCAUCAUCCCAGAGAGGAUUGCCUCUCUUUGUCUCCUCACACAGAGCUGGUCUCUCCUGGGCGAAGGAGAAUUUAUCACUCGAUCGAUCCCACGAGGAGACGAGAUGCGUAGACAUUUUCUUGGUUAGGUUUAAGUUUUCUGUGUGGAGCUAAUGUGAAUUUGAAAAAUACAAUUUGAAAUGUGUUUUUUUUGUUUUGUUUUCUUAGCUACAGCAGCACAUCGGGACCAGCUGAAUUUCUCCAAAGCAGCUAAACCGUCUACGUACAUAUUUGUUUCUCCCAGCGGUCUUUAGUGUUUGACUGAGGUUUGGUGCGAAAAUUGGAAAAAUCUGUAAAAUUACCUUUCACUGUGUUCGUGUAAAUGUUACAGUGAAAAGUAAGGUGCAGAUGGAAAAUGACUCAUCACACCAGCCAGGUUAAACCACUUAGUCUGUGUGUACAGUACACCUUUACACCUUAUGCCCCUCUUGUUAUAUAAGCUUUAAUGUUUUAGCCUUUAGCCCAGAAUCAUUGACAUGGUCCACAUGAAAUCAGCUAUCCCCCAUCACUGGAGCCGUGGCCUUUUUUCAAAUACAUUUUGAUAUUUUAAAGGAGUAAUUUACAUUUUUUUCUGUCUUAAAACAACAUUCUGUUCCCAUGGACACUGAAAGACUUUUUGAUUGUCUGAAAUUAUACUUCCUGUCUAUCAAAAAAUCCCUUCAAAAUGAUAUUCUAAUGUAAAGAGAUGGGGGACUAAAUCCAGUCUGCAGUCUAUAACUCAGCUAAUUGUAGGCUUCAGUCAUUUGAAUCAGUCAAAUGAAGUUGUUAUCUUUAAAAUGUUGUGUUUUUAGUACAAAAUUCCUACUUCGUGUUUGCCCGCACAGUGUUUCACUGCAUUGGUGGAGGAGUGGAAGGAUUACUGAACGGGGCUACUGGGCACAGGCCCAGAGGCCCAACGUGUCAGGGGCCCUCCUGGCCUUCACCUACAAAAUGUUUUUUAAAGAGACAGGUGCCAACCAGGAAGAGACUCAAAAUGACCAAAAAAAAAA